AUGGUUGUCGGUGAAUUUAACGUGCUCUCGGACGUGACGAACGAAGGCGUGACGGUGAUCGUCUACACGGCACCUGAACAGAGCGCACGUGGCUCGUUCGCGCUGGACGUCGCCGUCAAGUCCUUGUCGUUCUUUACCGAGAGCUUUAAUAUCCCGUAA